AUGCCCCGGCGCCUCUCCCGCGCCUCCGCACCAGGCCCAACCGCCCCCUCCCUCCCCGCAACCCUCGAAUCCCUCCCCUCUGCCCUCCGCGACCCGACCCUCCCCCUCCCAAAGCUCAUCAUCUUCGACCUCGACUUCACCCUCUGGCCCUUCUGGGUCGACUGCCACGUCUCCCCGCCACUCAAGCCCACAAACACCCAAAACUCCUCCGCCACAGACCGCCUCGGCGAGUCCUUCGCAUUCUACCCAGACGUCGCCCCCAUCCUCCACGCCCUCCCUCACCUCGGCACAGCCCACCGCCCCAAACUCGCCGUCGCCUCGCGCACCUCGGCGCCCUCCCUCGCCCGCGACCUGCUCAAGCUGCUCCACCUGCCCCUGGGCGCCGAGAGCAGGCAGCGCCGCGCCCUCGACGCCUUCGACGGCGGCACGGAGAUCUACCCGGGGUCCAAGGUGCGGCACAUGGAGGCGCUGCAGCGGCGGACGGGCGUCGCGUACGAGGACAUGCUCUUCUUCGACGACGAGACGCGGAACAGGGACACGGAGACGCUGGGGGUGACGAUGUACCUCGUCAGCGAGGGGGUGUCGUGGGGGACGGUCGCGGACGGGAUCCAGGAGUGGAGGCGGAGGAGGGGGCACGGCGACGGUCAGCAGCAAUGA